GACGGAUUCCGCCUCUGGUAGGCUAUGGUCAUAAUAAGGACGUCACUAUCCGUUAAGACUGCCGCUGCUACAACUGAGCUAAGUGCGCAGGUUUAAACAUGGUUACGCUACGAAAACAAAUCGCACCAUGCCUGUAGACAACGUAGGGAUUCCGCGAUCAUCUCGCUGUUAGAGACGGGAUCUGCGACUUAUUGAGAAUACAAAGAUAGCGUUCAUUGCCUAAGGAAGGGGGACUUCAUCUCCACGCACACACACACACGAGGAUUUUUAAGGAAUGCGCCCUGCACCUCAGUGGCAUUCUGCUGGGUCCCCACAUCACCACAUCGUAGCUCCACAGAAGCAUGGAGGAAACAGCAGCAGCAGCAGCAGCAGCAGCGCUGCCCGCACCGCUCUCUGGUCCCACGCCCGCCGUCUCCCGGCCCCAGCCCCCGGCCAACGCCGGACCCCCCUCCCGUAGCCUGCUGGAGUGGAGGAGGAGGGUGAAGUCUGAGUACAUGCGCCUUCGCCAGCUCAAGCGCCUCAAGAAGGUGGAGGAGGUCAAGGCCCUGUUUGUGUCCAACAGCAAAAAGAUUGAGGAGAAGACCAACAUCCUGAACGCUGAAUGGUCCAAACUCAGGCUUCAGCCGAUCCCUCGGUCGACUUCCAGUGGAUCCCUGCCCAGCAAGAAGAUGUGUACUGUGGAGUCUGGCUACACGGGAUUCAAGACGCAGGUCAUUCCCUUGCGUACCCUAACUACCGUGGCCGGGAUCCCCUUCAUGUACUCCUGGUCCCCUCUGCAGCAUAACUAUAUGGUAGAAGAUGAGACCUUCCUCCACAACAUCCCUUAUAUGGGCGACGAGGUGCUGGAGCAGGACGAGGCCUUCCUGGAGGAGCUCAUCGACAACUACGAUGGUGUCCAUGGCGACAGGGAAGGGGGGUUCAUCAACGAUGAGAUCUUCAAGGAGCUGGUGGAGGCGCUGAGCCAGUACCCCGACCUGGAGGAGGAAGAGGAGGAGGUGGGGGAGGAGGAGGAGCAGCCGAUGAUGACGACGACGACGGCGGAGGAGGAGGGGGCGGCUGUGAAGAAAGAGGAGGAGGAGAGGGCUCUGGGGAGGAGCUCGGUGGAGGAGGUGGCGGCCGUGGUGGUGGUGAAGAAGGAGGAGGAGAGGGCUCUGAGGAGGACCUCAGCCGAGGGCUCGGAGGAGACCAAGACGAUGCCCGUCUUCACCACCACCUUCGUCCGGAGGAAGAGGAGGAGCAUUGCAGAAGUGAGGGACGCAUCGUGCACCAAGAAGAUCCCCCAGGACAAGAUAUUCACCGCCAUCGCCUCCAUGUUCCCUUACAAAGGCACCAUGGAGGAGCUGAAGGAAAAAUACAAAGACCUCCUGGAGCCGGCCAGCCCGGUGAAGCUGCCCCCGCUGUGCACCCCCAACAUAGACGGGCCCUUCGCCAAGUCUGUGCAGCGGGAACAGUCGCUGCAUUCGUUCCACACCCUCUUCUGCAGACGCUGCUUCAAAUACGACUGUUUCCUUCACCCGUUCCAUGCGUCCCCCAAUGUUUACAAGAGGAAGAAUAAGGAGAUCCGCAUCGAGACCGAGCCAUGUGGCGCCGACUGCUUUCUUCUGCAGAAAGGGGCGAAGGAGUUUGCAGAUCAGUACAUGCUUCGCUCCCAGAGGUCCCGGAGGCGGAGGAAGCAGCCGCGGCUGCCCAGCCUCAGCUGUCCCGGGCCGUCAGGGUCCCUGGAGGAGGUCAAGGACGGGGACAGCGACCACGAGAACACCUCCUCCUCAGAAGAGCACUCGCGCUGCCAGACCCCGACCAAGCUGCGGCCGGUGGAGGAGGAGCUAGCGGGGCCCCCAACGGAGGAGGACCCCUGGACCGGGGCCGAGGAGUCUCUCUUCAGGGUGCUGCACGGCACCUACUACAACAACUUCUGCUCCAUCGCACGCCUCAUCGGAUCCAAGAACUGUAAACAGGUCUAUGAAUUUGCGGUGAAAGAGGUCCUGAUCCAUCGGGUGCCGGUGCAGGAUGGAGGAAUCUCUCCGCAAAAGAAGAAGAGGAAGCACAGGUUAUGGGCAAAGAUUCAGCUGAAGAAAGACAACUCCUCCAACCAGGUGUACAACUACCAACCUUGUGACCAUCCGGACCACCCCUGUGACAGCUCAUGCCCGUGCGUGAUGACGCAGAACUUCUGCGAAAAGUUCUGCCGCUGUGAGACCGAGUGCCAGAACCGUUUCCCGGGCUGCCGGUGCAAGACGCAGUGCAACACCAAACAGUGCCCGUGCUACCUGGCAGUAAGGGAGUGCGACCCGGACCUGUGCAUGACCUGUGGCGCCGCCGACCACUGGGACAGCAAGGUGGUGUCCUGCAAGAACUGCAGCAUCCAGCGAGGCCUGAAGAAGCACCUCCUGUUGGCCCCGUCAGAUGUGGCUGGGUGGGGCACCUUCAUCAAGGAGUCUGUCCAGAAGAAUGACUUCAUCUCUGAGUACUGCGGAGAGCUGAUCUCCCAAGAUGAAGCUGACCGACGUGGACGGAUCUACGACAAAUACAUGUCCAGUUUCCUCUUCAAUUUGAACAAUGAUUAUGUUGUGGACGCCACCCGGAAAGGAAACAAAAUACGCUUUGCGAAUCACUCUGUCAACCCCAACUGUUACGCAAAAGUGGUGAUGGUGAACGGAGAUCACCGCAUCGGGAUCUUUGCCAAGAGGGCUAUCUUGCAGGGGGAGGAACUCUUCUUUGACUACAGGUACAGCCAAGCCGACGCCCUGAAGUACGUUGGGAUCGAGAGAGAGGUGGAGGGGACUUAGCAUGUACCCGGUGACACCUGUCUUGCCAUAGAAACAUCCAUCACCUGUCCGUCAUCUGGUUGGCCCCACGUUGGGGGGGGGGGGGGUUAGAGGGUGUCGUGGAUGUCUAUGAUAAGACUCAGUGUUGUCUCCUGACCGCCUUUCAAGUACGAAAAAGCCCUCUCACCUCCUGUAAACAUUUCACACGACAAUGCUACUUUAGCUUACAGCGUAUUAUCUUCUUAACAAAACUGUACAAACUAUACAACUUCUGUGUAUGCCAAGCUUACUGAAGGCAUCAAUUACGAAUGGCAUUCAUAUGUGAUUAUCAUUAUUAUUAUUAUUAUUAUAAGUAAUAUAAAUAAUAACAAUAAUCAGUGUGGCUUAAAGCACCUAGAACCUUUUGUUUCGUUUCUCCAGAGCUAUAAUGUUACAGCUAUCCGUCAUAUUCUCAGUGUUACUCUCAGUAGAUUUGUUACUGUAUUUAUAAUGGGUUAGAAUUUCACCUCUCAAAACAUAACUGCUUUUUAUUAUGUGCCAGAUAGUACCAGUGCAAGUGCAUGUUCCGUUUCUUGGUAAGGCUAACCAUUAAACAUGCUAGCCAAUCGGUGGUGUUUCUCAGUAUCAUGUGAUUUACCCUAUUGAUAGUGCAGGGUUAAACAAGGUCAGUGACUGACAGGUACCCCGUGUUUCGACCUUCUCUGUUGCUAGCUUUAACACAACUUUAUAGCAAAAGCACGCUAUUGUGCAUAUUAUCGUUAUAAUAUCAUCAUGGCUCUGCAAAAAGUAGGCAAAUGGACGAAAAAACCGACUGACUGAAUGUAAAAUGUAGUUGGUGUCGAGAGCGAUCUCUUUCCUCAUUAAUUUCAUUUGCGACAUUAACCGAUGCUGCUGGCCCUCUAAGCUAAUUGACGUUAAAUAUAAUCUUUGUUUAUUACUGGAAAUUAAGUGUACAAGAUCUAUAUAAGUCUCUAUACGUAGACUUUUGCACAGAUAACCUCCCAUUGAAAUUAUUCUAAGUGCCAAAAUAUUCUACUCCACCCUCAAAACAAUAUUGUCGUUAAUCUUGGUAGCAUAAUUACGUUUGACAUAACCAAUGCUCUUUGGAAAACUGUAUAUGACCAAAUAAAGUGCCCAAUAAGUGAAUAGUGAAAGGUUCACUAUAUCUGAACUAUAUCUGACCAAUGUUCGUGUUUUCUGUUGCAGCAUCUGAACUGCUUUUCUUUUCAAAGCUAAAACGAUAUAUUGAAAAAGAAUAUCUGAACAUAGAGAAGCAAAGCUCAAUGAAAUUUUAUGCUACAUAUGUAUAGUGUAUGCCUAUAAAAAUAAAUAAACUUUAACUUUAUACAUAACAAUGUGUGUCUCGU